UUGUGUUUCUUGAAUCAAUUUUACGUUCAAUAAUUAUACUUUUUUAACUAAAAUAAUGCAACUUUGUAACUGUUCUUAUGAUAUUUAUCAUUACUUGUUUUGAGAACAUGUUUCUAUCGCAUUGACUUCAUUCAAACGACGAUAUAUGAAACCUAACGAGUGCGUUUGGCUUUAGUGUAGGUUUUCGUUGCUGAGCUUAGAUUUUCUAAAAAAUCCCAUAUAGGUUGAAGCCAUGAAUAAUUGUGGUGCAGGGGUAGGUGGGGGAGGGGUGAACGUGGGAAGCGGGGCGUACGACGCCAAGAUUGCUGGACUUUAUGACUUGCUGGAUACACUUGGGUCAGGGCAUUUUGCUGUUGUUAAGUUGGCUCGCCAUGUCUUCACUGGUGAAAAGGUUGCAGUCAAGGUCAUAGACAAAAGUAAACUGGAUGAAGUUUCAAAAUCACAUUUAUUUCAAGAGGUCCGCUGUAUGAAACUGGUACAACAUCCAAAUGUUGUUCGAUUGUAUGAAGUAAUAGACACACAAACAAAACUUUAUUUAAUAUUAGAGUUAGGUGAUGGUGGGGAUUUAUAUGACUACAUAAUGAGACAUGAGUCUGGCCUGUCAGAAUCUCUAGCUCGUGAUUACUUCCGCCAAAUUGUCCGUGCAAUCUCAUACUGCCACAGGUUACAUGUUGUGCAUCGUGACUUGAAACCUGAAAAUGUUGUGUUUUUUGAAAAGUUAGGUGUAGUGAAAUUGACUGACUUUGGUUUUAGCAAUAAAUUCUGUCCAGGUCAAAAAUUAGAGACUUCUUGUGGGUCCCUGGCAUAUUCGGCUCCUGAAAUACUGCUAGGUGACUCGUAUGACGCACCCGCGGUAGAUGUCUGGUCCCUGGGGGUUAUCCUCUACAUGCUGGUGUGUGGGCAAGCACCUUUCCAGGAAGCAAAUGAUAGUGAAACUUUAACUAUGAUUAUGGACUGCAAAUACACUAUACCACCACAUAUAUCAAAUUCAUGUAAAAGGCUUAUAGGAAGAAUGUUAGUUAGAGAACCGGAGAAACGUGCGACACUAUCAGAGAUCGCGACUGACCCGUGGGUGACCGCCGGCGAGGGCAUCGCCGUGGAGGACUUCGACACGCCGCUGGUUGCCAAAGAACAACUGUCUGAGGAGGAUCGCUCAGCCAUAGUACAGAGGAUGGUCAAUGGAACUAUAGCCACCAAGGAGCAAAUUUUAGAGUCCCUAGAAAAGAAUGAAUAUAAUCACAUCACUGCAACAUAUUAUUUAUUAGCUGAAAGAAAAUUGAGAUCUAAAAGGCAAGAAGAGCGCGCCCUGGCCCGGCGGCCGGAGGCACUGAGCGUGGCCCGCGGGGGGCCGGCGCGCGGCCUGCUAGCGCCGCCGCCGCUGCAAGCUGCGCCGAGGACGCCGCAGGACGUGCCGCCGCGGUCGCGAAAGUGCAGCAUAGUCCGCGAGGAGGAGGACGACGAGGAGAGCGGCGUGGCGGGCGGCGGCGCCGCGCGGGCGGCCGACGUGCGGCGGGGGUCGCGCUCCGAGGGCCGCCUGCACGUGGCCGCGCGCCAGCCGCCGCCGCCGCCGCCGCCGCCGCGGCCGGCGCAACUCGCCGACAACCUCACCAAGGUGAACCUGGAGGAAGGCGGCGCGUGUGAGCCGGCCCCGGAGGCGGCGCGCGGGCAGCCGCCGGCGCCGCCGCCCGCGCGGCGCCAGCGCCUGGACGUGCGGCGGCGCCGGCCGCGCGCCGGCUCGUGCUCGUCGUCCGACCUGUCCGACGACGACUCGGAGAAGAAGAAGCGCGCCGCCGAGGCCGCGGACGCGCCGCCCGAGCGCGCGCGCCGCGACUCGCACGACGACUCCAGCGACAGCCAAGAACGCGGCGCCGGAGCCGGUGCGCGCGGUUCUCGUACUACCACCCUCGAGGUAACGCGAGCCGUGUGCUCGGGCACGGCGGGGUCGGGCACGGCGGGCGCGGGCGCGGCGGGCGGCGCGGCGGGGGACGCGCGCGGCGCCGCGGGGCAGGGGGGGGGCCGCCGCCGCCGCGCCGCGCGCAGCGACAGCCGCCUGCGGGAGUCGCGCUCGCUCAAUCGUAUCGCUGAGGUGGAGGAGGCGGCGGCGGCGCGCUGGGCGGGGUCGGGGCUGGUGGCGCUGUGCGGGCGGCCGCUGCUGCGCCUGCUGGCGGCCGCGCGGCCGGCACACUCGCACGCGCAGCGCCGCCUGCACGGCCUGUGCUAGUGCCGCCCCGCUAGCCCCGCGCCGGCCGCCCGCCUCGAGCACCGUGCUGGUAUCAGCAUCACUGCCACGACUCCCUGACGCGACGGUGCUAGGUGUCUCUGUAUCGUGCGUGAUGGUCGUUAUCGCCUCACUCGUCGGCGGCCCUGUCCCGCCGCCGCCGGGACUCGACGGUCUUUUUCGUACAUUAGUGGACCGUAAUCCAGCGGUAGCUUGUAGUCGAGUCGAAAAUACAUAUGGUUUUGUAAAAUCCUGUCCCGCGUCGUCGUCAUUGCGACAUCUCUCGUUAAUUAUUGUCGAUGUGAACUAAUGUGCCGUGACCGUGACGCUUCGUGGUGCGACACAAUGGUAGUCGCACUGUGAUCGCCCCGGGGCAGUUCUUGUCGCCCCAUACGCCGCCAAAUUAUUCUACUUCUAGAGUUUUAGACAAAUUUUUAAUGGUGAUCGUUCCACGCGUUUAGACACAAAACUUUAUUAGAGAAUUUAGAGAAUGCAAUAUAUGUCGCGAUGUAGUAUUGACUCUUAACGCUAAUGCCAAUAAAUGUUUAUUUUCCCCGUCCCUGUAUUGUUAUAGCGAGUUAUAAAUAACCAUUGAAUAUAGCGUGCAUGGGCCAUUAUCGUUCUCCUUUACAUCCUCAUUCAAUACUGUUUGGAAUAGUCACGGAAUAGUCAUCGCAUUUAUAAAAUUUAUUAUAGGUAAACAGGGUUUAUACAAAAUUCAGUUCACGUGUAUACAGUACAGAGUUUAUAAUAAUUUAACAGCCAAUGAUACUUUAACAACAAGAACUGACUUCCAUAAUAUUAUUUCAUAUGGCACAUAAGUAGGGGCCGUCUACUUUCUCCAAAGUUGGCUUGAACAAGGUAGUAUUUAAUUAUUUUUCCGUAUAAUAUAGGUUGGAUAUACCAAAAAAAUAAUUAUUUACUUUCAAUAAUGUAAUUUGUGAGUAGGUAUAUUGACUACAAAGAAAUGGAUAAAUAGAACUAAUAUCACAAAAUCGUAUUUCGCGUCAAGCGCUUCCGCGCUUAUUACUACAUUAGUACAUGUGCAUUCUAAUGUAGUUUUCAAUGUAGGCUACUCGACAACCUAGUCAAAUGAGAUACUUUUUACAAAACGUCAAAACGAAAAUUUUUGGAAAUACUGACUACUAAUGCAAACUAAUUCACAAUUCAAAUUCGGCAAGAAAACAAAACAAAAAUAAGAUUGAUUUUUGUUCAUCUUGCAGUCUGUUAUACAAACGAUAUAUGGUGAGUCAUAUCGCCGUGUAAAUUGCUCGAGCCAACUGUUUUAAUGAAAACUGCACUUUCAUUAGUGCAAGUGCGAUACUGAGGUUCGAACCGGCGCUCCCGAGAUUAGCAUUUUAUCUUCGAACUAUUCAACUACCCUAUUGCUUGUUUCGUACCUCCAAGUCUUAAGCCACGAAAUAAAUAAAUUAGAAAUUCGAGUUUCAUCGCAUGCUCCAGUGCUGGCUAGUUGUAAUCUAUUUAUGUAUACAGUUGUAUAAAUUGUGUUCGAGGCGAAUGGAAAUAAAUAUAUUGUGGGGUAAUGUUUGUUAACAGCUCUCGUAUCGAACACGACAUUGCACAGCAGUGUCCGCUCCUUCCAGGCGAGUGCAUUGCUUACUAAUGAUGCGCAUUUUUCUAAAUGUUAGGUGACUUAGAUGUUUCACUGUUUGGUGUGAAGAUUUUUUAUUAUUUGUAAAUUGUACGAGUAUGUAGGUAACUUCGAAAUGGGAAUGUUAAGAAAGUUAAAUGUUGUGUAUUAAAUUGUCUAUGUACAUAUUUAAAUUGUUGUAAAUAAAUAGUCUAUCUCAAAUAAAAAAUAAAUAGGUUGACUUCUGAAUUUUAGUUAUAUAAUUAUGGGAUUUGUAUUAUGUAUGUGGGUUGUUAGAAAUACUGUGUACCGUAAUGUUACUUCCACUGUUUUGAUUGAUUUGUGUGUUGCACACAUGGUGCUUUAAUUUCGCAAUAAAAUAACAAGACCAAAGAUUAAAUUAAUUCUGUAUUUUACCACUUAUUGUGCUGUCUGGUGCCAAUGGUGUUAAUUCCUGUAGACACCAUCUAAUUUUAUUUUAAGUUAUACUGUCAUUUUCAUAUCCACCAAAAAGGGAAAGGGAC